GUUUUCACUCUGAACAUUCACCACAGCACUGCAGUCUGGUUCUUACCGGCGCUAGUUUCAUUUCUCUCGCUGGUGUCUUUCUCAAUUUACUAUCGGACAUACGUGCAGACCAAAGUGAAUCUUAUCAAACGUAGUUGGUGCGUAAGAGGGAAUUCAAGCGAAAUGACGAAAUUGGAGUGUAACCACGAAUAACGGAAAAGUGACGGCAAGAGAAAGUGUAGUAAGGAUCGUCUUGCGACAUCAGCAAUAAGACGAAAUUGGAAGAUCAACGCAAAAAUGUGCACGCAAGUGGCUCUAACAAAGAUGAAAUUAACAAGAACAUAAUUAAUAAUAGUUCUUACAAAGAUAUCUUUGUAACAAUGAUACUCACAUAUCUACAACGUGCUGAAUACAUAGAACGUUGACGAGACGUCAUAUAAAAGAUGUCAUAUAACUCAAUUCUUAUUGGAUAAUGUUGUUGUUGUCAGACAAGAGAAAACUUUUGUUCCUGUUGUUGCGUGAGAGAAUAAUUUGCUUGAAUGACAUGCAUUCGGAUACUGUGAUGUUCGGCGAUGUAAAUAAUUGGAAAUGUCAACUCUACUAACCAGUUUUAUUGGCACAACUUCCGUUCUCGGGCUUGGUUUAAUUCCACUUUUGGCAAUAGGUCUUACCGUGUAUAAAUACAACAAUCUCGAUCCAGAAUCACAUCCGCAAAAUGCACAAGAACUGCUGCGAAUGUACGAUUUUAUUGUGGUCGGUGGUGGAAGUGCGGGUGCUGUAGUCGCUUCAAGAUUGUCAGAGGUGGCUAAUUGGACGGUGCUGCUGUUAGAAGCCGGCGGUGACGAGAAUGAAAUCUCGGAUAUUCCCGUGCUCGCUGGGUAUACUCAGCUCACAGAUUUCGAUUGGAAAUACCAAACCUCACCGUCCAGCAUGUCUGCUUAUUGUCUCGCUAUGAUAGGCGGCAGAUGUUCUUGGCCACGCGGGAAAGUUCUCGGUGGUAGCAGCGUCUUGAACGCUAUGGUUUACGUUCGCGGCAAUCGACACGACUACGACAACUGGGCUCAAUUAGGUAACAUCGGGUGGAGUUAUGAAGAAGUACUUCCUUAUUUCCUCAAAUCUGAAGACAAUCGAAAUCCAUAUUUAGCGAGAACGUCUUAUCACAAAACAGGAGGUUACUUGACGGUGCAAGAACCGCCCUGGAAAACUCCUUUGGCAAUUGCUUUUCUGCAAGCUGGCCAAGAAAUGGGUUACGAAAAUCGCGAUAUCAACGGAUUCAAUCAAACUGGUUUUAUGUUGACGCAAAUGACAAUUCGACGUAGCGCUCGAUGUUCAACGGCAAAGGCUUUUUUACGACCGGUAAAAAAUAGGCCGAAUCUACAUAUAGCUAUGUAUGCUCAAGCCAUAAGAGUGCUAUUUAACGCCGAGAAAAGAGCAACAGGCGUAGAAUUCCUUCGCAAUAAUAGACAGCAGAUUGUGCGAUGUAGAAGAGAAAUUAUCUUAUCUGCCGGUGCGAUUAAUUCGCCUCAGUUGCUUAUGCUGUCCGGGAUCGGCCCUAAAGAGCACCUGAUCGAGCUCGGUAUACCGGUAAUAUCCGAUUUGCGUGUCGGAGAUAAUCUUCAGGAUCAUGUCGGCCUUGGCGGACUGACUUUUCUUAUAAAAGAGCCGAUAACUUUACAAAAAGAUCGAUUUCAGACUUUUUCAGUAAUGAUGGAAUACGUCUUGAAAGAACGAGGACCUAUGACCACUUCAGGAAUCGAGGGAUUGGCCUUUCUUAAUACCAAGUACGCUGACAAAUCUGGAGAUUAUCCAGAUAUGCAAUUUCAUUUCGCACCAAGCUCCAUCAAUUCUGACGGCGAACAAAUAAAGAAAAUUCUCAAUUUGAGAGAUCGAGUGUACAACACGAUGUACAAGCCAUUACACAACUCUGAAACUUGGUCAAUCCUGCCACUUCUGCUGCGUCCAAAAAGUACAGGAUGGAUCAGGCUGAAGAGCAGAAAUCCUUUAGUUUAUCCCGAUAUUAAUCCCAAUUAUUUUACACAUAAGGAAGACAUAGACGUUCUUGUGGAGGGGAUCAGGCUAGCAAUGCGAGUGUCGAACACUAGUGCGUUUCAGCGAUUCGGCUCGAGACCUCACACAAUCCGUAUGCCGGGCUGCUACAAUUAUCCGUUCAACACGUAUGAAUAUUGGGAAUGUGCCUUGCGACACUUCACUUUCUCGAUCUAUCAUCCAACAAGUACAUGCAAAAUGGGACCGCGGACUGAUCCUACAGCCGUUGUAGAUCCACGGCUUAAAGUUUACGGAGUAAAGGGACUCAGAGUCGUCGAUGCUUCUAUAAUGCCAAAUAUCGUAAGCGGCAAUCCAAACGCCCCGACCAUUAUGAUCGGUGAAAAAGCUAGCGACAUUAUCAAAGAGGACUGGCGAAUAAAACGAAAACGAAAUGCCGGAAGGUGACAAAUUAAAUUGUUACUCUACUAGAAAUUUUUUACUUUCUUAAAAUUGUUUUACAUAUCUUUCCAAUUCUAUUAAUAAUAUCAAAUAUUUUUUUA